AUGAAUGAGCCUUUCUUCCGGUUUACAAUCAAAGAACAUAAUACUUACUGCAAUCCGAGUAUUCUACAGGGUUGCAGCCAAAAAGAAACUCUCCCUCGGGGAAUCGAACCCCGGUCUCCCGCGCUUAUCGGUAUUAAUGACAAGCGGAAAUCAUCACCACUAGACCAAGGAAGAUUGAAUGACCGAGUUACUGCUCGACCACUUGGCUGGUUGAUGGAAUAUUCGGCCAUCUUUGACAUUAUGUUCAUGCGAUUUAUAUUGUACUUACAACCUUCAUUGCGACUUUUUCUUUUAACAUUUUAUUGA